AUGUCUUACUACCCCCCACCACAGGAACCCUACUACGGCGGACGCCCUCCGUACGAGCGUCCGCCAUACGACCGUCCUCCCUACGAGGGUGGUCCUCCCCCGGAGCGUCCCCCCUAUGACCGUCCUCCCUACGAGGGUUCUUACGAGCGUCCUCCCUAUGAUCGCCCCCCUCCAGAGAGAUACAACUCCGGCCCUCCUCCGCCGGAGCGCCCUCCCUACGACCGUCCCCCAUACGGUGAUCGGUCUCCCUACGAAGGCGGCGAGCGCGGCUUCGACUCCCCUGCUCCUCGUCCUCCCUACACCAGCCCUCCUCCUUCCGCUCGUCCUCCCCCCGUCCCUCCCCCUCCUCUCCCCAUGGACUGGGCCCAGGAGUGGGAGCCCAGCGUCCGCCGCGCCUACUACGUCCACAUUCCCUCCGGCCGCACAGAAUGGGAGCUUCCCGCUGACAUGUCCCGUGACAUGCCUCCCCCUGGCCCUCCCCCGGCCGGUGGACCGGGCUACUACGGAAGCCCCCCUCCGCCGCAGGAGGGCGGGUACUACCCCGACCCCCAGGCCCAGCAGAUCUCCGAGGAGGAGCAGAAGAAGAAGGACCGUAAGAACAUGCUUCUCGGUGGCGCAGCUGGUGUGGCUAUCGGUGCUCUCGGUGCUGCAUUCGUCUCACACGAGAUUCACGAGCACGAAGAAAAGGAAGAAGAGGAGGAGCGUGAAGAACAGCAGUCGUACGACUAUGACCGGCCGCCUGUCGUGUACGAGCGCGAAACCACUAUCAUCGAGCGUGGAGAGGAGCCUGCCUAUGAGAAUUACGACGAGGAUGGAUGGUAG